UGACUCCAUUUGUAAUGAAGGAUCUGAUGAGCGGGGGUUCAGAACGGGGCUGCCACUGAGUCCGCGAAGGCAAUAAAGAAAGAGGAACGAUAUAAAUGAGGAGGAAAUUACAUCCGCUUUGAACGGAUCUGUGCGUCUGCAGCCGGCGGUGACGGAGAGGCAGCGGAGCGGAGGAGCCGCGGUCUGCGCGCAGGGACACGGACAACGGAGCGAGAAACAACACGAUGAUGUUUCGGAGCUGCUGCACGGGGAGCGUGGUGGAUUUUUAAGAGGCGACACCACAACAUUUGGACAGUUGGAUUUUUAAGAAACAAUAAUAAUUUCGUGGAAAUCAAAGCGAGCUAAAAUAACAAAACACGAGCAGGCUGCGGAGCGCGCAGUAGCAGGAUGAGCGUGUUUUCUGCAGGGAGAGCAGAGCAGUGCGUUUGAGUGGGACAUGGCAAACGGCGGGGACCAGUUCGGCCUUGCAGAGCGCCCGGACUCGGACUGCAUGGAUUCGCCAAAAGACACCAAACAUGAAAAUCCCAGCUACACCUUGAACUCACCAGCGUCACCACAGACAGCAUCCAGCCAACAGCUACCGGCCUGUACCGCGGACCAGAAUGGGAUGGAGGGAAUCAAAGUUUUCCUCCACGACAGGGAACUCUGGACGAAGUUUGAUGAAGUAGGAACUGAAAUGAUCAUCACCAAGGCUGGAAGGAGGAUGUUCCCCAGUUACAAGGUGAAGGUCACAGGACUCAACCCAAAAACAAAGUACAUACUCCUGAUGGACAUUGUGCCCGGGGACGACCAUCGCUACAAAUUUGCAGACAACAAAUGGUCAAUAACGGGGAAGGCAGAGCCGGCGAUGCCCGGGAGGCUCUACGUGCAUCCGGACUCUCCGGCCACAGGGGCCCACUGGAGCCGCCAGCUCGUCUCUUUUCAGAAGCUCAAGCUCACCAACAACCACCUGGACCCCUUUGGACAUAUAAUACUCAACUCCAUGCACAAAUACCAGCCUCGCCUCCAUAUUGUCAAGGCGGACGAGAACAAUGGCUUUGGCUCAAAAAACACAGCUUUCUGCACCCACGUCUUCUCUGAGACGGCCUUCAUCGCCGUGACAUCCUACCAGAACCACAAGAUUACACAGCUGAAGAUCGAGAAUAAUCCUUUUGCAAAGGGCUUCAGAGGCAGUGAUGACAAUGAGCUGCAUCGCAUGGCCAAGCUACAAGGUAAGGACUACCCUGUGGUUCCUCGCAGUACUGUCCGUCAGAGAGCCUGCUCCACCGGGAGUCCUUUCAGUGGGGAGGGUCGGGGUCUGAGGGGUUCCCCUGACGCUGUCGGGUCCCCCUACAGCUGUGAGAACGGCUUGAGCAGCGGCAGUCCUCAGGAGCUGCUGAGGGCCCCCCCUGCACACUAUACCCUGCCUCAUCCUCACCUGCAGCAUGGCCAGCAGCCGCAGGUCUACCACUGUGCCAAGAGGAAAGUGGAGGAGAACUGCUCAUCAGGAAACCGCCAGCACCCAUACAAGAAACCCUUCACCGGUUCCUCUCCAAGUGAGGGCGAGUCCUACUACCACCCCUCCUCCUAUCCUCCUCCUCCACCCGGUCUAUCCAACAACCCACUCACUGACUCCCCCUACAGCUCAGACAUGGGACAGCGCCAGGCGUGCAUGUUUGCUGGCUCAGAGCCCAGACUGGAUGAACUCAACUGUGCAUCCUGGUCGUACACCUGCCCGCUCCCCUCUGCCAUGACCCCCAUGGAGCCCUACCCACCUUACACCCCUCACCCUCCUUACAGCUCCAGUCCUCAGGGCUCUCGACUCAGCGCCAUAGCCCACCAGAGCUCUCCUCCGCUGGGAGAACACAUCACCCACGACCCCUAUCAGAGCCAGAGCUCUGGACCUCCAUCUCAGAGCUCACAAAACAUUCACAGCAGGCAGCUCAGCCCUCCUCUCAGAGAGUAUCCUCGCUACACGCCCAACCUGUCUCCCCCUCUCUACCACACACUAGAGACGCACACACACAUUAGGUGUGGUGUCGCAGAAUGGAGUGCAGCCUCCUAACUGAACCAGAGGACAAACCUGAAAGACUGAUCAGUGAACAGAGAUUCCCUUCUGAAGGAUGCUGCGUUACAUACAGACUAAAUAUGGUAUUACCUUUGUAAAAUAAUUGUGAAAAGUGUGAUUUUGUAUUGUGUGAAGAGGUCUCAUCUGUUCGUCAUGUUUCUCCCCUGUGCUGGAUGGAGCUGUGGAUUGUUAAAGACUGGACUUGGACAUCCACAAAGCUUAAAAAAAAAGAGUCUGACCAGCACAAAGUUGUACUUUAUCGUCUCUCCGUAACCCAAAGACUGGUGUCAUCCAACUGUUUGCACUGUGAGCCCCGUUAAGGCCGGACCAUGAGCAGCACUAGGCUGUGUUCCUCUCAAUGACUCCCACUCUCUCCAUUGUGAAGGAUGUUAAUUGUGACCCACUGUCAGACAGGCAGUAACAUUUUCUGACCAAAAUAAUCUCAGCUCUCACAGCAGAGCCUGAGGGAGAUGUUUUUUGUCUUUAGUGGAGCAAAGCACAGCUCCAUGCUCAGUCUCAGUGAAGGAGAAAAGGCAUGAGUUGUCUGUGUGUGUGUGUGUGUGUGUGUGUGUGUGUGUGUGUGUGUGUGUGUGUGUUUGUAUGUAAAGCCUAUGUCAGCUCAGCUCAAGGAUGCUAUGAGUUAAUUUCCAAUGAGACAGGCAGUAGUAGCUGCAGGCGCUGCACCAUAGAAAUAAACAGUUUGUUUAGACCAUGCUACAGGCUGAAGGACCUGUAAACACUGUUUCCGCUGCAUUCUGGGUAAAUGCACAACUCAGCGUCAUGCAGCUGUCACCAUUGUCCUCUCAGUCACCCCAAGCUGACCAAUCAGCUGUCCCUGUUCCCUGGGAGCCGGCCAAUGGGCACGAGCCUCUCUUUUUUCCCCAGCUGACCAGUCAGAGCAGGAGCGCAGCAUUUUUCAUGUGCGUGUGUGUGUUGGCCCAUUUUUAUUUGUUUCUGAAUUAUUCAUGAGUCCAGCGUUGAUCCUUGACAUGCGAGGAUUGCUCAGCAAACAUAAAGAAUCACAGUGCUGUAAGCGGGAUAAUGUUGAUGCAACAACUCGUCCAAAUAUUCUUUUCAGUCACUCCCUGUCAUGUCCAGACAGCAUUUGUUCAUUAAUUGCUUCGACAAGAUGGGAUUAAAUACAUUUCCCUGCA